AUGUGGAUCUAUUUUUUGGUGGGGAGGGGGGAAGUGCAAAACCGGCUGUCUUCUCGAAUCGAGUGUAACUGGCAUUUUAAUCCACCAGCCGCACCGCACUUCGGUGGGCUGUGGGAAGCAGCAAUAAAAAGUAUAAAGUUCCACCUUAAGCUUGUUAUAGGAACUCAAAUAUUAACAUACGAAGAGUUUCAAACUGUCGUCACCAGGGUGGAAGGCGUCCUAAACUCAAGACCGUUGACACCAGCUUCUACUGACCCCCAUGAUCUUGAUGCCCUGACUCCUGGACACUUCCUCAUUGGCCAACCCCUGUCGUCGAUCCCAGAAAAGGAUGUCACUUCUGUACCCUUAAAUCGAUUGACACGAUGGCAAUUAUUGCGUCAACUGCAUCAAUCUUUUUGGAAGCGAUGGCAACGGGAAUACCUCACUACCUUGCAGGCCCGUCAGAAAUGGACGAAGGUGUCGGACAAUCUCGCAGUAGGUGAUGUAGUAAUCAUUGACGCUCCAAACCAGCCACCUUAUGUUUGGCGUAUGGGUCGCGUCAUCGCCGUCCAUCCAGGGCCCGACCAGAUAGUUCGUGUGGUCACUUUAAAAACUCAAGAUGGAGAAAUGCAGCGUCCUGUGGUCAAACUGGUCAAGCUUCCGGUUGACACAACAACUUCCUAACCUCUCCAUUCACUAUCCCA